UCAAGAGCUGUUAGUAAUGGAGGGAGUAGGACCCAAAAAGAAGGUGCAGAGAAAGGUCCCAAAGGUUAUAAAGCGGAGGAAGCUGAUGAGCAUAACAACACGAAACAAAAAGCAUUUAAUUUGGAGAUGGCCCAUUUGGAAACGCACAGACUUGGAACCACAGGUUACAGCAAAGGACAGCAAAGAGUGUUUGAAUAAGAACAAGCUAUCGUGUUUGGUGCACGAUACCCCCAAAAUGUGAAUAUAGAAAUCACAAAAGGCAACCAGAAAACAAUGAAAAAUAAAACCACUGCAAAAAAAAAGGCAAUGAAUGAAAGAAGGAGGAAAAAGUAG